AUGAAGAAGUUGCAGAUCCCGUCCUUCCAUUGUCUUCAGAAAUGUGUGAGUGAAGAUCUGGAUUGCCCAGAAGGCUCUACAAAUGCUAUAAUUGGUGAAGAUGGCAGUGAUCGUGACCUCAAGGUUUGUGUCAAAAAUGACUGUGACAAUGUAAAUAAAAAGAAAGAGGAAGAGAAAAGGGAUAGACCUCUGUCUUUAGACUGGCCUGACACACGUCUUAAACAAGCCACCUUCCUCUUCCUGCUGCCCAUCAACUUCCCCCUGUGGCUUACAGUUCCUGAUGUCCGCAAGCAGAAAUCCAGAAAGUUCUUUGUGAUCACCUUCCUGGUCUCUAUUCUGUGGAUAGCUGUUUUCUCCUACUUCAUGUUGUGGUGGGCCCAUCAGGUUGGUGAGACUUUUGGCAUCUCACAUUGGAUCAUGGCCGUUGUGGCUGCAGAGACGUCCAUCCCCGACCUCAUUACCAGUGUAAUUGUGGUGCGUAAAGGCCUGGGGGACAUGACAGUGUCCAGCUCCAUGGGCCGUAACAUCUUUAGCAUCACAGUGUGCCUUCCAGUCCCAUGGCUCCUCAACUCUGCAUUUCAGGGUUUCGAUCCAGUGCCUGUGAACAACAGUGGGUUCUUCUGUGUCAUCGGGUUGCUCCUUCUCCCUCUGCUCUAUGCCGUCAUCUCUAUUGCGUUCUGUAAGUGGAAGAUGAAUAAGGUGCUGGGUUUCACCAUGUUACUGUUUUACAUGAUCUUCCAGUUAACUAGAGUGAUGUUUCAGUAUAGAAUAAUCGUAUGCCCUGUAUAAUGUAUAUUAUCGUAUAUACACUAUAUACUAUAAAAUACACUAUCCAUCAUUA